GCUUUCUCCCUUGUUGGCUGGACCAGUGCUAUCUGGCCAAACCAUCUGUCCUUCCUUUAUACCACCACCAUCACCACCUCCGUGAUGUCAGACGCCGAGGCUGUCGCCGCCCCCGCAACGCACGAGAACGAGCACAUCGACACGGACGUGGACGCCUCGACGCGCGCCGAUAGCCCUCACGAUACCGACCAUGAGGCCGCCUCGGAUGCACCGAAGUCCGAGACGUCAGAGCCAGCUGACCACGCCGAAGACGCGCACGAAGCAGCAGCAGCGGACGUAGAUGGGACGCCCACGCAAUCCGAAGCGGAGCCUGCCGCUUCAGAGGCGGACAAGGAAUCGGUCGCGUCCGUCCCCGAAUCUGCCCACGAACCCGAAGCAGAGACCACCAAGGAGAAGGCUGAGCCCAAGCCCGUUCCUGCCGUCAAGAAGCCCAUGGCGUCCCCUACCAAGGCCCCCGCGAGGAAGCCUGGCGCGCCAGUGAGGAAGGUGCUCGCAUCUGGCAAGUUUGGCGCGGAGAAACCUGCUACGGCCAAACCGACGACAGCGGCAAAGCCAACUGCAACGUCUGCUGCGAAGGAGCCCGUGAAGCGCCCUACCCAUGCAGCACGGCCAUCUCUGUCCGGCAAGCCACCUGCCACUGCUCAUCCUACCCCUGCUGCCCGUCGCGCGUCUGUAGCGCCUUCUGGGGCAAAGCCCGCCGUCACUGGACGCGUUGCUUCUGCCUCGAAAGCUACUACCGCCACAUCACCCACCUCAGCCACGUCGCGUACUUCUCCCACCGCCACCAAGCCUGCAACUGCGACCGCGAGGCCUCGCCCCUCGGCCGCAGCCGCAGACCCGGCGAAGCGCACGUCGCUUGCCGGUCGUCCUAGCGUAGGAUCCGCCACUCGUGCCACUACCGCCAAACCCUCCGUUUCCUCGACAACCGCCACAAGACAUGCGCGUACCCCUACGUCAGUUUCCUCCGCUCCCAGUGGAGGUGACGCUAAGGCAUUGGAUGAUGCCCGACAUAAGCUGAAAGAGAAGACCGAUGCUGUUGCCGCUCUCGAGACUGAAGUUGAGACUCUGAAGUCAACGCUUGAAACGACGAAGACAGAGCUCGAAGAGAAGGAGAAGGCCCUGCAAGAACUUGAGGCAACCAAGACGUCCACUCUCGAGGCGGUCAAGGCUGAGCUCGAAGCUGCGAGGGAAGCCUCAACUGCUCAGCAAGCGCUGGUUGCGACUUUACAGGACAACCUUGCCAAGCUGGAGGAGGAAGUUAACGCCGCUCGCACGAACCUCCAGGAGCUCCGCUCGACCAACGAUGCCGCCUCUGGCGACGUCGCCGCUGCAGCUGCCGUAGAUCGCGAAGCCCUCCUCGCCGCUCAGAAGAACCUUGCUGCUAUUCAGGAGGAGGCCGAAGCUCUCAAAGCCGCCCAGGCCGAGCGCGAAGAGGUCCACGCCGCCAAGGUCAAGGAGCUGGAGGAGAAGGCCGCAUCGGCCACCGAGCUCGAGCAGCAGCUGAAGGCGCUCAAAGAAGAGAAGCAGGAGACUGCGGACAAGAUCUCCGAGCUUGAGAUCGAGAUUCUCGAGCUGAAGGAGGCGCAGGAUGGCUUCGAGGAUGAGCGCACGACGGCUGCGAACAAGCUGAAGGCGCUCGAGGCACAGCUAGAGGAGGCCAAGUCUGCACUGGAGAAGGCUGUCGAGGAUGCGAAGGCGAAGGAGGAGGCGCUCAAUGCUGCUGCUGAGGCUGCGAAGACCGAGCACUCGGGUGCGCUGGAAAGUAAGGCCGCUGAGUACGCGGCUCUCGUCGAGCAGCUCGAGAGUAUCAAGGCCGAGCUUGAGGCUGCCACCAAGGCGAGCGAGGAGGCGAAGGCGGAGGCUGCUGCGGCUGCCGAAGCACACGCUCAGAAGCUUGCUGAGGCGGAGAAGACGCAUCUCGAGAAGCAGCAGGAGAUCGAGGCUGAGAUGCAGCGUAUCAAGACCGAGCUCGAGAACCAAGAGGCGCACUACAACGCGAAGGUGGACGCCGUGAAGGAGGAGCAUAAGAAGCUUUUGGAGGAGGCCUUUGAGCAGGCCAAGAAAGAAGCUGCUGCCGCGCACGGUGUUGACCUCCAGUCUCUGCGUUCCACCUCCGACGCCACCAUUCAGCAGAUCCAGGCUGCUAACGCGACUGCUCUUGAGUCCCUCAAGGCCGAGCACGCCGCUCAGAUUGAGGAGCAGGUCGCUUCUCUCGAGAAGCAGGUCAACAAGCUCAAUCUCGAGCUGAAGGCCACUCAAGAUGACCUUGCGAAGGCCAAGGGCGCACUCGAGGCUGCGAAGGGUGAGGUAUCAUCCCUGACCACUCAGCUCGCGGCCGCCAAGGCCGCGAGUGAUGCGCCGAACGAGCCGAACCCUGUCCUCAUCGAGGAGCUCGAGCGUCUCACCAAGGAGGUCGCGAUGUACAAGGACGACCUGGCCGCUGCCAACGAGAUGCUCACUCUCACGAAGGCGUCCUUGCAGGAGAUGUCCAGCAAGCACGCUAUCGAGCUCGAGGAGAGCGCGAAGGCGCGUACCGAGGAGGUGGCACGUCUGCGCGCGACUCACGACGCAGAGAUUGGCGGCCUCGCGACCAAUAAGUCCGACUUGCUUCUGCAGAUCUCUGACCUCGAGGGCGAGGUAGCGCAGCUCAGGGCCGCCGCCUCUGCAACCCCUUCGGCGCCCAAGACCAACGGCACCGCUCAGCCCGCAUCCCCGGGCGUCACCCGCGAGGAGCUCGCGCGCUUGCACGAGGCGCACAACCUCAAGAUGGGCGACCUCCAGGCGACGCACGAGAAGGCCAUGAGGGCGAUGCAGGAGGAGCUCGAGAAGGCACGGCAGAGCAUCGCUACCCUCCAGGCCGACAUCGACCGCAAGGACAUGGAGAUCAACGUGCUCGAGCAAGAUCAGGAGGAGAGCACGGAUAUGAUCACCCGAUACAAAUCCGACCUCGAUAACCUCACGCAGGAGCUCCAGCAGCUCAAGGGCCAGGCGUGAUGACCCUCAUGUCGGCCUGCCAACCGACGCGCACUUCUCGCGCGCCGCAACGCUCCAGGAUCGCCUCGGUGAUCCCUCGAGCCUCGGCCUCAACCAGAACCUACAAGUACCGCCUCUUCGUUCCCAACUAUACCAUCGCCUGUUACCUACGGGCACAGCUCACUUUACCCUCCGCCAUGUUUGCAGUUGCAGCUCGAUGAUGACGACUUACUCUACUACUAUCGCAAUAACUUGUGGAUUACUACAAUAACGGUCCUAUAUGCUACUCCAUUUCGACUCAUGUUGUGUCCGGGA